AUGGAGGCCGAGGGCGAGGUUUGGGAGCCCCUUUCCACCCCGGACUUUUGGGUGCUCGGGUUCGUGGCCACCUUCCAGGCGGUGGCUCUCUUGGUCUGCGCGCACCUGCUGCGGUGGCGGAAGUGGCCUCCCUACGUCACCAAGAACGUCGACGUUGUCAUCAUCUCGACAUUCUCGGGGGUGUUGUGGAAUGUCUCCAUGAUUAUUUCAAGCGGCUACAUCAGGCGGGAAGCAGGGGACAUCCUGGCAGCCUGCGACUUUGAGAGAUUUCUCUCGUGGUCAACGCUGUGCGUCCACACGGUGUCGUUCUUCAUCCGGGUGUACCGGACGUGGAGGAUCCUCAUCAAGCACGACGACAAGAUGUGGCACACAGGGCAUCAAAUCCUGUUCAUGUCAAGCCUGAGCCUCAUCCCCGUCGUGGCGACGUGGGCCGUUCCCCACACUGGUUACUUCGACGAGGCGGCCAACACGUGCUCCACGACGACUUUCUCGGCCAUUGUCGUGCUUGGGAUGGACGCGCUGGGAUUCCUCGCCAUCUGCUACCUUUGGUUCGUGUGCGCCCGCCAGCUCAAGUGGGUCCGGAAGCAGUUCAACGAGUACGAGACGAUGAAGCGCACGCUGCUGUACAUGACCGUCACCCUGGCGAGCUACGGCGUGAUCGUUGUGUACCUGCUGGCGGAUGACUUGGUCCUGGGGCGGCGAGUGUCCAUCUUCUGUGAGUAG